AUGGCGGCCCUGCGAACCCAAUAUGCACAUCUUCCGGCAAUACGAGAGGAUUCCCGAACCUAUGCACAUCAAAUUGCCGUCUGGCCUGGAGGGGGUGCAAUACAUUACUUUGAGUUGCGAGUCGACUACAGGCUAGUCUUCGCUGUCCUUCGCCACUCGAGGUUUGCCGAUAAGCUGCACCAAGCGCUCAAACGCGAUUGUUGGAUUGAGUCAGAUGCUGAUAAGGUUGUCCAGGAUAGCCCCGAAUGGGUUUUGAUCAACCCAGACCCUGUGUGGGAGGUCGGGGAAAGUAUUACCGAAAGGCAAGCGGCAUAUAGUAGUAGGCUAUGCUUUCGCGUAGUGGCGCCAUUCGGGUACUGGAUGGCGGUGAGCGGUGGCCGUCUCCACUACGGGACAAGACCAGUCGCACUGGCAGGAAGUGCCAGUAUGCCGGUGAGAGUCCUUCUCUCUGACUGGCUAGAAAUACACGCUACUAUCAAUCUCGCCUCUCAUUUUCAAACCAGGCAAGGACCAAAUUUCGUGGGGCCAAUGCCAAAGUCUAUGGAUGAAUUUUCGCCGAGAAGGCACGAGCGGUUCAUGGCGCACGCGGUGUACACCAAUUGUGGCGAAGAAGUUUUCCGAAAGUUGGUCGACUCGCCAAAAAUCUCGAGAUAUCAUGAGGUACCCAAAAUCGUUUCGCGUCCAUAUGUAGUAACACUUCGAAUCGGCUACGAAUUGAUUAAUGUCUUCAUCAUUGUGGACGAGUACACCGACAUUGAAAAUGCAGCAGUAACAAUGGUGGGCAUCGUCAUUGAUGCAUUGAUGCCCUACACAAUCCUCUUAAGACGCGACCAGAAGGCGAAUGCACCCUCGGUGAAAUCGUACGACAGCAA